CAAACAAAUGUAUUGCUGCUGUUUAUGCCGUUUGUAAUGGCCGAUAGCUCUAUUUCUUCGUCAUUAUUAUACCAAAAUAGAUCACAAAUGUGUUAAAUUUAAUAACUAAUUAGUCCUUGAUAGAGUUCUGCAUGAAUUUUACAUAACGAUGUCGCUUAAAUGUGUACAGAAACAGCGUGUGAAAAGACAGUGCACCACGGUGAAUUCAAGUUAAUAACAUUGUCUCAUCGUCCAACAUGAGUGCAAGCGGCGAGGGUACAGAAAACCUCAAUAAAGAGGGAGAAACUCCAACCGCUACUGUUUCUGACGGUAAAAGUCCUACAAAAGACGAUAUUGAUGGCUGCAGUUUAAAAGAUAAUCUAAAUCCUAUUGUAGCAACUCCUAAAGCCGAUAGUUUAGAAGAUCCUGCUGAAAUAGAAGCUCUUAUCGAGAAAAAACUCUCAACCGAUAAAGAGAAAGGCUUAGAUGUAGACAGUGAAUUAGAUUUUGAACUGAAAUGGGAUGAUGACACCGACCCUAAUGAAAAUCAAGAUAUUGAUGAUAUAGACCUUGACAGUGCAGACAAAAAACUAGAAGACCAUGAAACAUCUAUAGAAAAGGAUAAAGACAAAGAAGCUGACAGUGCUCUUACAUCUACCGAUCAGAAUUUUGAUACUUUGGGGAAAGAGACGGGAAAUAGUUUUACAUCUAUAGAGAAAGAUCUUGAUAGUCUGGACAGAGAUACAGAGAGCUCUUCUUCGUCUAUAGAAAAAGAUGUUGAUAAAGAAACCGAAGGUAUUCUAAGCUCUAUUGAUGAGCACCUUGAUACUGCCAGCAAAGAAGUAGAACACCCAGUAAUAUCAGAAAAGAGAGAUGAUAAUAUUGACAGUGUAACUGAAGAAAGACCUGACCAAAACACUGUUCCCAAUAUUGAUUUGGAUGUGAAUACUAAAGCCAUGGAUGUUGCUGAAGAAUCUCUAAAAGAAAUUGAUAAUGAAACCGAGAUUAUCCCCACAAGCUCAAGUAAAGACCUUUUAAAUAAAGAAGUAACUGUUGCGGAGGAUAAAACUUUUAAUAUUGACACUAAUAUCAAAAUAGACAUGGCAGUUAAGACAUCGCCAGUUGAAUCUGAGGCGAACUCCUUGGAUGAACAUCUUGUCUAUUCUGAUGCAGAAGGUGAUCUUGAAGAUAAACAUUUAUUGGAUGAAAUCUAUGCAACUGACAUUAGUAACGAUAAAUUAGAACGUACUGAAAUACCCAUCGCAUCUGAACUUUUGUCUAGUCAAAAAGAUGAAAUUGUUGCAACUGACAAUAGUACCGAUAAAUUAGACCAUAGUGAAACAUCAUUUGCAUCUGAUCUUUUGACCACUCAGAAAGAUGAUAAAAAAACUUCUGAAAAAGAUGAAAAUGAAAUGGAAGUUGAUGCUGAUUUGACUAAAACUCAAGUGACACAAAAUUCUGAUCUAAAUGACACAAUUUCAUCAACCACUGCCAUGAAUACAUCAUCAUAUGAUAUCAAUAAAGACCAUGGAUUAGACACACCUGACGUUAUGAUUGAUAUUCCUACACAAGAAUUAAUUGAUACAUUUGAUGAUGCUGAUGAAACAUUUGAUAAUACUGAGGUCAGUGAAGAUGACCAAUCCGACAGUAAUAUUAUUGACAAACUUGAUAUUAUGGAAAAUACUGAAAAUUUGACAGAACCUAAAGUAAUUAAAGAUUUAACCAUCCCAGAAGAGAAAUUUUUAGAUGAAACUAAUAAUGUUGAUAAGCUAUUGACAGAUGAAAACCAAACUUCCAAUAAUAAAUUGGCAGAAGAGACUACUGAAACAGAAUGUAUGGACAUUGAUGUCAAUGAUACUGAGACAACAGAAAUACGAGAACUAGAAAAUGUUGCUGGUGUUGAAACAAACAAACCUAAUGAAGAAAAUGUUACUACACUAGAAGAAAAAGUAACUCACACUGAUAUUAUAUUAGAAGCAAAUUCAGAACAAACAAAAAUUCCGCAAGAUGCAUCUUUGAUUGAAGAAGAAAAAUCAAAUGAAGAAGACAAAACACCUAAACAUGUUGAUGAGGCACAACCAUCAACAUCUAAGUAUCAUCAAGAAUCUUCUGAUGAAGACCAGGAAGCAACUGAUAGUCUUGGUCUGCUAGCAGAGUCAUCAAGGGUUAUGGAUGAUGAAGAUGAACAGGAGCAGGAGCCGGAACCUGAGGAUGAUGAUGAUGAUGAAGACUUUGAUCAGGAUGAUGAAAGCAAUCAAAUGACUGCUGAACAUUCUGAAGACUCAAGCGCUCAACACUCAGAAGCGGAUGUUCCAAAAGAAACCAUGGAAGUUGAUGAAUCAAAUGAUGCUCAAGCGGAAGAGUCAAAUGACAUGGCUGAAAUGGAUACCCAUGGUGACUUGCCAGAUGCCACGGAGACUCCUGAUGAACUUGAUGAUGAGUCAAGUGAUGACAGGGAAGAGCUAGAUAUUCAGAUAGGACAGGUUCUUAGUCAGAAUGAGGUGGAAGAAGCUAUUGUGUUUUCACAGGCCCCGGAAACCUUGGAAGCGACUGAUGAGGCACAGAUAGCUGUAGAAGCCCUUCUUGAAGUUGAAAAGGCGAAAGAAAGUACAGAAGUACCUCAGGCCAGUCCGGCCGAAAAGGAAAGCGUAGAUCCAACGGAAUCUGAUGGAGACAGUGCAGCAAGCAGCAAGUUGAGGCAGCUGCUGCUCAGGGAUGGUGAAUCUUCUGCAGAACCAUCGGAAGAAAAGAAGUCACCAAGCAAAAUAAAGAAGUUAGAAAUAGCGAAGCCUAAGAACGAAAUCAACAUCGUUGAACUUGAAGAAAGUUCCUCUGAAGAUGGUAAGGACGUUCAAGUUGUGAAAAAGGCGGAAACACCAGCAUCACCCAAGGAUUUGACAUCGGUGACCAUACCCUCCGAAGUGGAAGUGAUGGCCACAGCUGCCGGAGAAACCUCCGACAUCCAGGUGAAAGAUGGGGAGGUGCGAGUGAGCGGGCUGCCGAAACCACAGGCACAGAAACCUACGCGGCUGAAUACCGACGAAAUAUCUAUCAAGACGGCUUCCGCAACGGAGCCUUUAGUCAUACCCGAAACAACAGCGGCUCCCAAAGCUGCAGAGUCAAAGGCUUCAAUUGAUUUUGGUCUGGAGAUAUUCAGCCUGGAUUCGGACGACGAAGAAACGGAAGUCAGGAGCAAACGUAAAAGCAAGCUAACCGCCGUAGAGCUAGACAAAGCCCGCCAGACCAACAAGUGCAUCACCAUGAAUUGCACGAGCGACGGAUCCGUACCGCUCGUCCGCCCAACACUGUCAGCUGCCAUAUAUUAUGCUGCGAACCAACAAAGAGGUGGCGGGCUAUGUUUGUAUUGUGCGAAGCGUUUUGAAGAGAGAAGUGAGAAACUAGUAGAAGGCGUGAAAGACCUCACCCCCUUCCUAUCGAUGGACAUGUGCUUGAUUCGCGAGGAGUUCGUCGAGAUAUCCGACUCGGACUCUGAAGAUGAACCAGACAUUGUGAAAAAUGAUAGCGAGGUCAUUGGGGAAAAGGGCGCUAAGUUUUUGGAAGAACAAUUAGCGGACAUUUUCAACGAGACGUGGAAGAAAUACAACAUGGAGGAGCGUCUGUUGAGCGCACAGACCGACAUUAAUACGGAAGUCGGCCAGUUGGAAGAGGAAAGCAUGCAAAUAGACGCCAUGCUGAACGAGUGCCAGAGGGAAACGGACAAGCUAAGAAACGACUUGUACGCUAUGUUCGCUGACGAUCGUACGGAAUUGCCGCCCAUUGCGAUCAUCGACACUCCUACUAAUCAGUGGUCCGGGCUAGAAGAUGGGGUUACUUCUCCACCACCAGUUCCUGAAACCAGAGAGAGACCCAAACGCCGUUCGGCGGCAGCGGCCGAGCCGCCGGCCAAGCGCGCCGCGAUCCCGCUCGGGUACGCGCCGCUAGAUGGCACUAGUACCAGCAAACCUGCGGAAUCGAAACCGGCUCCGUCUGCGGACUUGGCAGCUCAAAACGACGAUGACAACGCAGACAUCUCGGUGGUGAAGCUGUCGCUGGAGGCGGCGCCGGCCGGGCUGCCGCCGCCGGGCGUGGCCGCGCGCGCGCCGCUGCGCCCGAACAUGUCCGUGUACGCCAUGAAGAACUCCUUCGGCGCCUGGCACAAGGUCCGCAUACAGGAGGUCCAGCCGAAAACGCCCGGUCAAUUCACCAUGUGCCGUGUAAGAUUCGAGCAACCGAAAACAAUGACAAAGCUACUUCCGGCGCGCUGCCUGGCUUAUGAACAACCACCGGAAGUGCGGCUUACUAUUGGCACCAGGGUAGUCGCGCUGUUCAAAGACCACCGAGCCAGCGUCGAGAAGAAAGAAGAAGGUGAAAAGAAGGAGGCCUAUUACUCAGGCAUCGUGGCUGAGAUACCUAACCCCGUCAACAAUUUCAGAUACCUGAUAUUCUUCGAUGACGGCUAUGCCCAAUACGUGCAGCACGCCAACACACGCCUCGUCUGCGAGUGCGCCCCGCGCGUGUGGGACGAGGUGCACCCCUUCAGCCGUAACUUCGUGCGGGACUACCUGCGGGCGUACCCGGAGCGGCCCAUGGUGCGGCUGCACGCCGGCCAGAGCAUCAAGACCGAGUGGGACGGCAAAUGGUGGGUUUCCAAAGUCCUCCAAGUGGACGCUUCCCUGGUCCUGGUCUACUUCGAAGGCAAGAAAGACAACAAGACGGAGUGGAUAUACCGCGGCUCCACUCGCCUGGCCCCGCUGUACUUGGAGCUGCAGGCGGCGGAGCGGACCAGAGCCCGGCCCCUGCCAAGGGCGCAAGCUGCCCGUAGGUUCAACAUGCCGUACGUGGAGUACACGCGCUCGGACGAGGACAAGUCGGCGCCGGCCGCCACGCCGCAGCACACGCCGGCGCAGAUACAUGCGCAGAUGGAGCAAGAGAUCCGCCGCCAGCGCGCCGUGGCCAAGAAGUCCACCGCGCUGCCCCCCGCCGCCCCCGCCCCCGCCCCCUCCCACUGCCCCGCCCCCGCCCCCGCGCCGCCCGCCGCGCGCGACAACGUCACCAGCCGCGUCGUCUUUUACACACCCAAGAACGCCAUUAAGCCUCACAAGAUGGUCCCCCACACUUGCGGACCGAAAUGCAGGCGUACCGACGUGCUGGCUCUCAAAGAUCUACGCACAUACAACCCACUCACCAAACCUUUACUCAGCGGCUGGGAGAGGCAAACAGUGAGAUACCGCAUACCGGCUACCAAAGCGGUCAUGUACCGAGCCCCGUGCGGCCGUCGUAUUAGAAACUACGACGAACUACACCGAUACCUACAAGCUAUAGGCAGCGAUAUGGGCGUGGACUUAUUCGACUUCAACCCGGCUACGCACUGUUUGGCUGAGUUCUUGCUGAAUAAGUGUCUUAUUAGCAAAAAGGAUCUGUCCCACGGCAAAGAGAACGUCCCAGUCCCGUGCGUGAACUACUACGACUCGUCACUACCAGAGUUCUGCUCCUACAACACAGAACGCACGCCCACGGCCGGCGUGCCUCUCAACCUCGACCCCGAGUUCCUAUGCGGCUGUGACUGUACCGAUGAUUGUGCUGUAAGUGUCAUGUUAGAGUCACUACCAGAGUUCUGCUCCUACAACACAGAACGCACGCCCACGGCCGGCGUGCCUCUCAACCUCGACCCCGAGUUCCUAUGCGGCUGUGACUGUACCGAUGAUUGUGCUGUAAGUGUCAUGUUAGAGUCACUACCAGAGUUCUGCUCCUACAACACAGAACGCACGCCCACGGCCGGCGUGCCUCUCAACCUCGACCCCGAGUUCCUAUGCGGCUGUGACUGUACCGAUGAUUGUGCUGUAAGUGUCAUGUUAGAGUCACUACCAGAGUUCUGCUCCUACAACACAGAACGCACGCCCACGGCCGGCGUGCCUCUCAACCUCGACCCCGAGUUCCUAUGCGGCUGUGACUGUACCGAUGAUUGUGCUGUAAGUGUCAUGUUAGAGUCACUACCAGAGUUCUGCUCCUACAACACAGAACGCACGCCCACGGCCGGCGUGCCUCACAACCUCGACCCCGAGUUCCUAUGCGGCUGUGACUGUACCGAUGAUUGUGCUGUAAGUGUCAUGUUAGAGUCACUACCAGAGUUCUGCUCCUACAACACAGAACGCACGCCCACGGCCGGCGUGCCUCUCAACCUCGACCCCGAGUUCCUAUGCGGCUGUGACUGUACCGAUGAUUGUGCUGUAAGUGUCAUGUUAGAGUCACUACCAGAGUUCUGCUCCUACAACACAGAACGCACGCCCACGGCCGGCGUGCCUCUCAACCUCGACCCCGAGUUCCUAUGCGGCUGUGACUGUACCGAUGAUUGUGCUGUAAGUGUCAUGUUAGAGUCACUACCAGAGUUCUGCUCCUACAACACAGAACGCACGCCCACGGCCGGCGUGCCUCUCAACCUCGACCCCGAGUUCCUAUGCGGCUGUGACUGUACCGAUGAUUGUGCUGUAAGUGUCAUGUUAGAGUCACUACCAGAGUUCUGCUCCUACAACACAGAACGCACGCCCACGGCCGGCGUGCCUCUCAACCUCGACCCCGAGUUCCUAUGCGGCUGUGACUGUACCGAUGAUUGUGCUGUAAGUGUCAUGUUAGAGUCACUACCAGAGUUCUGCUCCUACAACACAGAACGCACGCCCACGGCCGGCGUGCCUCUCAACCUCGACCCCGAGUUCCUAUGCGGCUGUGACUGUACCGAUGAUUGUGCUGUAAGUGUCAUGUUAGAGUCACUACCAGAGUUCUGCUCCUACAACACAGAACGCACGCCCACGGCCGGCGUGCCUCUCAACCUCGACCCCGAGUUCCUAUGCGGCUGUGACUGUACCGAUGAUUGUGCUGUAAGUGUCAUGUUAGAGUCACUACCAGAGUUCUGCUCCUACAACACAGAACGCACGCCCACGGCCGGCGUGCCUCUCAACCUCGACCCCGAGUUCCUAUGCGGCUGUGACUGUACCGAUGAUUGUGCUGUAAGUGUCAUGUUAGAGUCACUACCAGAGUUCUGCUCCUACAACACAGAACGCACGCCCACGGCCGGCGUGCCUCUCAACCUCGACCCCGAGUUCCUAUGCGGCUGUGACUGUACCGAUGAUUGUGCUGUAAGUGUCAUGUUAGAGUCACUACCAGAGUUCUGCUCCUACAACACAGAACGCACGCCCACGGCCGGCGUGCCUCUCAACCUCGACCCCGAGUUCCUAUGCGGCUGUGACUGUACCGAUGAUUGUGCUGUAAGUGUCAUGUUAGAGUCACUACCAGAGUUCUGCUCCUACAACACAGAACGCACGCCCACGGCCGGCGUGCCUCUCAACCUCGACCCCGAGUUCCUAUGCGGCUGUGACUGUACCGAUGAUUGUGCUGACAAAAGCAAAUGCGCUUGCUGGAAGAUGACGCUAGAGGGCGCUCGCACCAUUGGUCUAGACACGAACGAAGUUGGCUACGUGUACAAGCGGCUGCCCGAGCCUCUGCCCUCCGGCAUCUAUGAGUGCAACAGCAGAUGUAAAUGCAAGCAGACCUGCUUGAACAGAGUGGCACAACAUCCUUUGCAGCUGAAAUUACAGGUGUUCAAGACAGCGAACCGCGGCUGGGGCAUCCGCGCGCUCAACGACGUGCCGAAGGGCGCCUUCCUGUGCGUGUACGCCGGCAACCUGCUCACCGACGCCACCGCCAACCUGGACGGCUUGAACGAGGGCGACGAGUAUCUCGCAGAGCUGGACUACAUAGAAGUGGUCGAGCAGAUGAAGGAAGGUUUCGAAGAAGACAUACCCGAGGACGCCAAGAAAGCGGACGAGCUAGCCCGAGGCUACCUCUUGCAGGAGGAAAACGAAUCGUCAUCAGUGUCCUCAUCGUCUGACGAGGAACGGGAAAAGCAAGAUGGCGACGACGACUUCCGGCCAGCUAUGCCGGCGGGGCAGUACACGCCGUCGGAGUACAGCAAGCGCCUCCGCAAGCGGGAGAAAUGCAAGAAGGCGAAAGAGAAGGAAGAAAGAGAAAAGAAACAGAAAGAAAAGGACGGCAACGAAGACUGCAUCACCAUCAGCGACGACGAAGAAUUGAGAGAGCCGGCUCACUUCUCCGCGCAGGCCGGCAUGGGAGGCAAGGAAUUUGUCUCUAAAUACAAAUCUGUGCGCAAAUUAUUCGGCAAAGACGAGGCGUGCUACAUCAUGGACGCCAAGGUUCAGGGCAACAUCGGCAGAUAUCUCAAUCACUCAUGCACUCCAAACGUGUUCGUCCAGAACGUGUUCGUGGACACGCACGACCCGCGCUUCCCCUGGGUCGCGUUCUUCGCGCUGUCCCAGAUCCGCGCCGGCACCGAGCUCACCUGGAACUAUAACUACGACGUGGGCUCGGUUCCCGGGAAGGUGCUGUAUUGCUAUUGCAAUGCGCCCAACUGCAGGGGAAGAUUGUUGUAAGAAAAUUCCAAAUAGUAACUGAUGAACAGACAUACUUAAUGUUUUCAAACUCGAUGGGUGCGCUGACAGGUCAUUUCAAUGAGAUUUCGCGUGAUUUGGGGUUUUUAGGUUGUAAAUUAUGACAACUGUACGAAAUUGGUUAUUUACCAGUCGCUUUUCGAUGAAGGAAAACAUAGUGAGGGAACCGGACUAAUCCCAGUAAGCCACCAAACUAGAGGGUAAACUAGUGCCUACGCCAAUUCUGGGAAUUAGUUGCCAAGCGGACCCCAGGCUUUGCAAAAUUUUCUUUGACAAUACACCUCUAUUUCAAAUUGUCUUUGAUAUUAUCUAUCAUUCAUGUGGUUUCACAAAUAACAGACGAGGGUAGAUAAUCAUUAAAACGUAUCUCCCACUAUCAGUUAAUCAUUGUCAGUCCUCAAAUAACAUCAAUUUAUUUAAAAUGUAGUAUUUCCACUAGUUCCAAUUAUAUAAAUGUAUUUAAGCUUAAAAUUUCAUCUAUAGUUCAAAUCGAGAUGUUAACAAGUACAUAUAGAAAAUGUUUGAAGCGCAGAGUGAAUAGAAAACCUAUGAGAUGUAUGUUGCUAUGUAAUCUUUUUUAACACGAAUAGCCGAAUCGUCUUAGUCGAAUAUUAGGAGAAAAUGAUUUUUUUAAGCUCUUAUACUUAUUUGACCUGAGGCAGAGUAAAAAUUUAAAUAGAAAAUGAACCCGUCGGCUGUAAUGUUUGAAUUAAGAUUUCCUAUACCAAAUUAUAACUUAGUAUAAUAUUCAUUUCGAUACGCUGCAGUCAACUAUAAAAAAUUCAUGCCGCGGCCUUCCCAUAGAAAAGACUAAACGGGGGACGGGCGAGCGAGGGACUUCGCGCGUUUAUGUCUUUUGUAUUACAUUUUUGUCUACUGAGAUACUUACCAAUUUUCAUUACUUAUUUAGGUUUUAAAGUAUAAAACUAUUAUUUUAGAUGACUCGUAGAAAAAGUAUUGUAUACAAUAGUAAUAUAAUCAAGCUUGUCAUUCUUGUUCCUUACUUAGGCAACUCAGCAAGCUUCGUUGCCUAAACACGGUACUCGACUGAAAAGCUCUCUAUUAUAUGACGAUCGUAUAAAAUGCUAUUAAUAUAUGACGUUUCGUGAGUUUCCAAUGGUCCCACUACCCAAUGAUUCACACUGAAAAAUAUGAGUGGUUUGUAUUGUUUCCCAUGAAGUUUUAAGUCAUAAUGUAUUGUUUGUCCACAUUUUCGUUAGUCAUUAUUUGUUUUUUCUCAGCAAACGCGUAACUUCUCAGGAUUGCAAUAAAACAAACCUAACUAUAGGAUAUCCUUACGAAAAUCCUGAGAAGUUAACGGUUUCAGAAUUAUGACUAAUGAUAAUCUGACAACAACUAUAACAUUAUGACUUUCAAUAAUUAUGUCAAACAUAAGGAUCCGGUGGUUUUUUUUUUUAUACUACGUCGGUGGCAAACAAGCAUACGGCCUGCCUGAUGGUAAGCAGUCUCCGUAGCCUAUGUACACCUGCAACUCCAGAGGAGUUACACUUAUUUUUAUAGGAAUGUUACCACUGCUGCCUUAAAAUAAGGUUAAAGGUGCCAACAUGGGUGGGGUCGAUAGGGUAACAUUUCCAGUCUAAAUUUGUCAGCUGAUUGCUCGGUUUAAAUAAGUUUGAGAUGCUUACAUUAAUUAAGUUUUAGGUUAAGAUCAUUGUAUGUCACUGUAUGUGUACUGUAUUUGUAAAUGUUCAAGUUCAAGGUAAUUUCAAUAAAUAGAAAUCGAGUAAA